UCAAGCAGUGGUGGCAAAUCAGCAAAGAAGAAGAAGUGGUCGAAGGGAAAGGUCAAGGAUAAGGCCCAGCACACCGUUGCUCUCGACAAAGUCACCUACGACCGUAUCAUGAAGGAAGUCCCCACCUUCAAAUUCGUCAGCCAGAGCAUCCUCAUCGAACGUCUCAAAAUUAACGGCAGCUUGGCGCGCGUUGCUAUCAGACAUAUGGAGAAGGAGGGACACAUCAAGAGGAUUGUGCAUCACUCGGCGCAGCUGGUCUACAGUAUGUCGAAU